AUGAGGAGUGGAUACGCGAGGGGAGCCAGUGGAGGUUAUGAAGGACGGGGGAUGAUGUGGUCUCGUACUCACCGCCUUCACUUGAUCGAGGACAUGGAGGCGGCUCUGGCAAGCAAGAGGUUUAGGCCAACACGGCUGAAACAGCAGGAGGACAAGGAGAACCACCACAGGUCGGACACCAGCGACAACUUGGACGUGCUGUCACACAAACUGAAGUCCAUUCACGACGUUGAUGAGCUCACAAAAAUGCUCCGUGCUGCCAGCGAGUACGAGGAGAGGAAGAUGAUCCGAGCAGCCAUCCGACAAAUCCGAGAAGAGCAGCCGCAAGGUCCUGCAGAGUGCGGGAAAGCUCCUGGACGUUGCCUGGAGCCUGAGAAUGUGGAGCCCCAGAGCACCAUGGGAACUGGGGAGACGGAGCGUGAGAGUCACAGUGAGCGAGAGCGAGUCAGAUCUCAGAUCCUGGAGUUACACGGUCAGCAGACGCAACAAAGCAGAGAGCAGCAGAGAAAAGGCACAAACUCAGGUAUGGUGCUGGUUCUGGAUCACCUGGUGAAGGAUGACGGCUCUGGACCGCUGCUAAUCCAGCCUCCGAGGGAAACAAUGACCACAGAGCCUGACCUGGUCCUGUCUCAUCGUCAAAGGUCCGACUCCUCUGCUUCAGACCGCAGCGUGACCUCGGUGCUCUCCAGGUCCAAUCUGGAUCCCUUGGUCUCAGAGAAGAGUCUGGGCUCUUCGUUCAGAGCCCGGCUGGACUCUGGAGCUUCAGACCGGAGCCAGAGUCCCUUCCAACGCGGUCGGCUGGAUUCAGGGGCGUCGGAGCGAAGCGUUGGCUCCCUCUCCUUCGUCAGACAGAGGCUGGGCUCAGACGUCUCGGAUUCCGGCGUCAGAUCCCGUAGAGGCUCCGGGGGUUCAGACAUCACCGCUCUGUUGCCAAGGAAACGGACGGACUCCGGGAUGUCCGAGCACAGUGUGAGCAUGUCGUCCGAGGAGAAGUGUCCAACAGACGAGGUGGAGGUAGUCAGCACAGAUUCAGAAACUGAGAGCAGAGACAAAGGUCCAACCCUCGAUGCUCAGUCAGACCAGGAUCAGGACGGCAUCAUGGACCAGGAUCAAACUGACGGGGCGGUUUUAUCUCGGAGGAAUCCCGUGAAUGGACUGCUCAACGGCAGCGCCAAGGGAAAAACGGACUUCCAGAAACCAAAGAUACCUAACAGUGAUCUGCCACUCACUCAUGGGAAAGCAAAGGAUUCUGCACCUGACAAGAAAGAUGUGACAGUGGAACAAUUCAACCGCACUAACUCCGUGCGGGAUCGAAUGCGAAAGUUCACAGAGCCCUGCCAGAGCCCAAACGUCCCGGCUUUGAAGAAAACUCCUCUGAGAAACGGGACGACCUCCGGCAGCAGAGCUCCAGAGCUGUUUACACACACAGCAGCAUCCCUCAGCACAUCUGGAGCCGGGCCAGCGAGGCCGCAUGUGGACUCCACAGCUCACACCUCCUCCGCUGCCGCCGCAUCUCAGAGUCAAGCCACGCCUCAGACGAGAGGCGUCGCUCACAAACCCCUGUUUGCAACCAGCCAAUGGCAGAACUCGGUGGGCGGGGCGAGGCAUCCGGCUGAAAAAGAUGUGCACGCCUCCAGCAGCUCAAAGGAAGACGGGACCCCAGGGAGAGCAGCCGGACAGCAGGUCACCCAGGGAGAGGCAGACCCGGAUAUGAAGACUUUCCUCACCAUCGAGAUCAAGGACGGGCGCACCACGUCGUCCUCCACGGCCUCGCCCAGCAGGGGCAACAUCAUACCCAUCACCACCAUGACCCCACGCAUCAACACUAAUGCUCUGGGACAGAGACAAGAGUUGACCCUCGGCCUCAGGGCGACCCCUUUCAAGCUCUCCUCGUCCAGCAUCUCCUCCGGAUCCUCCAUCAAGAUGGAGACCGAGCCCGCUGUGGCCUCUGUGCCAGUGUUUUCAGCUGGACCGUCCGUCACAGUGGCUUGUCACGCCCCCGCCAUCCCCAAUGGCUCCAGCAGCGUCCAGUCCAAACCCGAGGAACGCUCCGGAAAGUUGACAGCUGAACAGCUGGCUGCGGUGGAGGACGAAGAGCUGCUCGAUAAAAUGCUCGACGAGUCAAAAGACUUUGAGGAGAGGAAGAUGAUUCGUGCAGCCAUGAGGGACCUUCGCAAGAAAAAGAGAGAGGUCAUGCUGGGAUGUACUCAGGAGGAAAUAGACCAAAGAGAAAAGGAGCGCGAGACCCGUCUGCAGGACCUUAGGAACCAGAGGGACGAGCGAGCACAGAAGACCCGCUCUGGCGCCGGAGCCGGAGAGAUGGUGAUGAGGAAGGUGGAGAAGUCAGCAGACGGCUCCAGCCUCAGUCAAGUCACCAAAACAGACCGCUUCGCCAGUUUAGAUGAUGGCAGCAGAUCGACACGCAGCACUGUCGUGGAGUCCAGCUACAUGCAGAAAACAGACAGGGGGACCGUGCAGUCAAAGUCAUACAGCUUCUCGUCUUCCUCGUCUUCCUCGUCCUCCAACACAACCAAAAAAGUGGGCAGUGUCUUCGAUCGCGAGGAUGAAUCAUCGUCUCGCGGCGGCGGCGGAGGGUUGGCCGCCGUGGAGCGAAAGCAGGCGGAGAGGCGUAAGGAGCUGAUGAGGGCUCAGACUCUCCCCAAAACCUCGGCCAUGCAGGCCCGCAAAGCCAUGAUCGAGAAGCUGGAGAAGGAGGGCGGCGGCCCUGGAAACCAGGCGGUCGCCAAGGUCAACAAGGUGCAGCGCUCCACCAGCUUUGGUGUACCCAACGCCAACUCCAUCAAACAGAUGCUGCUGGACUGGUGCCGCGCCAAGACCCGCUCGUAUGAGCACGUGGACAUCCAGAACUUCUCCUCCAGCUGGAGUAACGGCAUGGCCUUCUGCGCCCUGGUGCACAAUUUCUUCCCCGAAGCGUUCGACUACGACAGCCUGAGCCCCAGCAACCGCAGGCAAAACUUUGAGGUGGCCUUCACCAAUGCAGAGACCUACGCUAACUGCAUGCCUCUGCUGGAGGUGGAGGACAUGAUGAUCAUGGGAAACAAACCCGACUCCAAGUGUGUCUUCACCUACGUCCAGUCCCUGGUCAACCACCUGCGCAGGUACGAGAUGUCCAUGGGUCGGCCCUGUGAUCUUUGAACUGUGUACAGUAAGCGUUGCCCCCCCCCUUCCAGCCUCCACCUUCAUCUUCACCUGAUGACAGCCCUGCGCCCUGAUUGGCUGCUUGACGCAGUCGCAAAUCUCUGAUGGACCAGUUUGCGAUGUUGUGUGUGUGUGUGUGUGUGUGUUUGUUGGUAGUGGUGAUGUGUAUUCAUUAUUUCAGCUCUUUUGUUCGCACACAGACCACGUCUCUCCACCGACAGAGCGCCUGAAGUUUUCUAAGCUUUAACAUUUUACACUUUUUUUUUUUUUUAAACUCAUCUUUGUACCAGGUGAUAUUUAACAUGCUGUGUCACGACGCUAGUGUACGGGGAAACACAUCAGAAGAGAAAAAAGAGAAAUAUUUUUUAUAGUAUUUCCCCUUUUUAAGUUAUUUAAACUUUCUUUCUACACUUCUGUAAUUAUUGUAACUUGAUAACAGUUUUUUAACAAAGAAAAUCCAGACAAACAUAAACCAUCUGGUCAUUCUGGUACUAUUUCUUUCUUACCAAACGUGGAGUAAUUUAAGUAUUUCAACUAAGUUAUUAUAGGAUGUAAUGGAUUUCAUUUUACUAUGUAACACACGAGCACAGGGAUGUUCUUUUUAUGGUUCUCAACUGGUCUGGUCUCAGGACGCACCACCAACAUGAGGGGUGAUUUGAAUUUGUUCUGUACGCAGGGAGCACUACACAGGAUUGCAUUGUUUAUAUUUGGUGGAAAACAGGGUGACAACCAGUUGGUCCAUCCAAGACCUCUUUUCAACUCACUUAACUACGAUGAAAGCAUCAACGCACCAGAAACUUGAAUUUCAAAUCAUUUUGAUUCAGGACAUUUUAGGGAUACAUGGUGGAUGGUUGAAGCUUGAACCAAAAGCCAAGACCCCAAAUGUCUGAUAUUUUCAACAAAACAGAUUUAUUCAAUAGAAAAACUGUGCAGUCACACGACCUCAGAGGGUUAAAAACCUGCAACAGAUCAAAGAAACGGGUUUCACACAAACAGUUUUCCAGGCAUUGAUUUGAGACUGCUCCGUGAACCACUUUUGAGCCCCGACCCACCAGUUGAGAACCACUUGUUUAAAUGAUACAAUCCUCUGAGUUAUGUUUCCUCUCUGAACCUCACAGUGAUGCUGAGAUCAUGUCUCUAACAUUUGGACCCUCCUGUGUUACUGUAUCGUUUGGAGGACAUGCCUGUAGUCCGGCAGGUUUUAUUUUUUUUAAAUUCAGGUUUAAAGGAACAACACGAGUGGAUUGCAGUCGGCCAUACAGCUGAACUGCAUCAUUCCUUCAGUUUCUUACUACUUGACUUUAUGUGUACAAGCAUCAGCAUCACGCCCCCGCCCUGCCAGGCGCACUCACACACAGCUCUGUUAGAGCGCUCCCUGCUAAUGCUUGACUAGAUGUUUGUUUUUUUUAAAUAUAAUAUUUUGUAUUUUUGUUAGUGUAUAUUAUGCUUCUUAAAGUUCGAUUUAAAGUGAGUCGGGGAGCUCAAUGUUUUGUGAAGCAGAUAAAACGUGAGCCGCCUUGUUGUAUAUUUUAGGACAUAAAGCUAAGGAGAGUUUUUAACUGAAGAUUUUUAUUCUGCUUGUAAAGUUAAGGUUCCUUUUGAAAAAGAUGUUUAAAUUCUGAUCCUGUCAGAACUGAUUUAUUUACAAAAAAAAGUUCUGCUUUUAGAUGAAUUAGAGGAAUUAUUUUGAGAUUUAUUCCACCGCUGCCAACUGAGAAAACCAAAUCCUUCCACGGAGCAGUGAGUGCUGUAUAUAAGAGCUUCAACACAUUAUGACUUCAUGUUUCUGUGCACCGCAGUUCAAUGUGAAUGAAGAUUAAAAGCUAUCUGAGAAAGGAAA